CUCAGCAUGGAGGUUGUGGACAAUCCUGAGGCCGGGCUUUGACGGAGGGAGAAAAGUAGAGACUGAAGGAAGAAAACAAAGUGAGAGAAGGGAGAUCAGCACUUACAAUAAUAACACUGAGAUGAGGGGAAUAUGGGCGCUAAGGAGUCAAGGAUAGGUUUUCUGUCUUACGAUGAAGCGGCGAAACGAGUUACAGAUAUAGAACUGAAAAGGUUAAAAGAUGCCUUCAAGAGAACCAGUGGACUUUCUUUCUAUAUGAGCCAGCAAGCCUUUGUAAGGGAAGUUCUUGGAGAUGGGGUUCCACCUAAAGUUGCAGAAGUUAUCUAUCAUUCAUUUGGUGGAACAUCAAAAGGUCUUCAUUUUAAUAAUCUGAUAGUGGGGCUGGUCCUCCUGACAAGGGGAAGAGAUGAAGAAAAAGCGAAGUAUAUUUUUAAUCUCUUUGCAAAUGAAUCUGGGAGCUACGUUGUGCGAGAGGAAAUGGAAACUAUGCUUCGGGCUUGUGAUGGUGAGGUUCAGCUGGGAGUUAAGAAGUGCUUUGUUGAGGGUGAAAAGGUAAACUAUGAGAAGUUCAAGAACUGGCUCCUUCAGAAUAAGGAUGCUUUCACAUUUGCUCGAUGGCUGCUGUCAGGGGGAGUAUGUGUCACUCUUACUGACGAUAGUGAUACACCUACCUUCUAUCAAACUCUGGCUGGAGUCACUCAUUUGGAAGAAUCUGAUAUAAUUGACCUUGAGAAACGCUACUGGCUGCUAAAGGCUCAGUCGAGGACUGGACGUUUUGAUUUGGAAACAUUUGUUCCUUUGGUUUCUCCACCUAUCCAUCCAUCUUUAACUGAAGGUCUAUUCAGUGCUUUUGAUGAAAAUCGUGACAAUCACAUAGAUUUCAAAGAAAUUUCUUGUGGACUUUCUGCUUGCUGUAGAGGACCUCUUGCUGAACGGCAGAAAUUUUGUUUCAAGGUAUUUGACACUGAUCAAGAUGGAGCUUUGUCUCGUGCUGAGUUAGAAGAAAUGGUAGUUGCACUUUUGGAAGUCUGGAAAGAUAACCGCACUGAUAGUAUCCCUGAACUGCAAAUGGGGAUAGCUGAUAUUGUCAAUCAUAUUUUGAAGAAGCAUGAUACCACUAAAAUGGGACAUUUAACACUAGAAGAUUAUCAGAUAUGGAGUGUACAAAGUGCUCUGGCCAGUGAGUUUCUUAAUCUCUUAUUUCAGAUAUGCCACAUAGUUCUUGGUUUAAGACCAGCUACACCAGAAGAAGAAGGGCAAAUUAUCAGUGGAUGGUUGGAAAGAGAAAGUAGACAUGGUCUACAACCUGGACAUAACUGGUUUCUGAUUUCAGUACAGUGGUGGCAACAGUGGAAGGAGUAUGUUAAAUAUGAAGCAAAGCCAAUCAUAAUUGAGCCCUCUUCAAUAACUAAUUUAAUGAAAAAUCAGACCCCAUUGAAUGCUGCAGAUCAAGGUGAAGAUAAGCCUGAAGUGCAGAAUUCCUUCAGUUCUACAGAUGAAAAAUGUUUUGAUAAUAUAUCAAUUGCAUCUGAAGCAUCUGAGACCACUGGCACUGGUUUAUAUCAGACUAGUCCAGCUGGUACUGAUGUGUGUUUUGCUAGACAGAACAACAGUUUGGACAAUAAUGGUCAGUGUUUCCUCAGUGCCAAUGGGAACAUUUUGGCACAACUUGGUCCACAGAAACCAGGAGCUAUUGAUAACCAAUCACUUGUAAUGCAAGGGUCUGUAAAGGUUCCUACGUUAACUUUAGAGGGUGGACGUCUGAAACAGAAUCCUACUUUAGUUUGUGGCAAGGACUAUGAGAUUGUCCCAGAACCCGUCUGGAGGGCACUGUAUCAUUGGUAUGGUGCAAACCUGGCUUUGCCACGGCCUGUCAUUAGAAAUACAGCAAGUAAGGAAGCAGAACUGGAAUUGUUUCCUCGUUACCUACUUUUCUUGCGUCAACAAACAGCCACGCGUACACAACAGUCAAACAUUUGGGUGAAUAUGGGAAAUGUACCUUCACCAUCUUCUCCAAUGAAACGAGUGUUAGCUUACACUGGCUGCUUCAGCCGUAUGCAAACAAUAAAAGAUAUACAUGAAUACUUAUCUCAGCGGCUUCGAAUCAAGGAGGAAGACAUGCGACUGUGGCUAUACAACAGUGAGAACUACCUGGCAUUACUGGAUGAUGAGGACCACACAUUAGAAGAUUUGAAAAUUCUAGAUGAGCAACACUUGGUGAUUGAAGUUCGCAACAAAGAUAUGAGUUGGCCGGAGGAGAUGUCAUUCAUUGCAAACAGUAGCAAAAUGGACAGACACAAGGUUCCAACGGAAAAAGGUGCAACAGGAUUAAGUAACCUGGGAAACACAUGUUUUAUGAAUUCUAGUAUCCAGUGUGUCAGUAACACACAGCCACUCACUCGAUACUUCAUAUCAGGGAGACAUCUUUAUGAACUCAACAGGGCUAACCCGUUAGGAAUGAAAGGUCAUAUGGCCAAGUGCUAUGGGGAUCUUAUCCAAGAAUUAUGGAGUGGAACUCAGAAGAAUGUAGCGCCACUUAAACUCAGGUGGACAAUAGCCAAGUAUGCCCCGAGAUUUAAUGGCUUUCAGCAGCAGGACUCCCAAGAGCUCCUCGCAUUCUUAUUGGAUGGUCUUCACGAAGACCUCAACAGAGUUCAUGAAAAGCCAUAUGUUGAACUGAAGGAUAGUGAUGGUCGUCCAGAUUUUGAGGUUGCAGCAGAGGCUUGGGAAAAUCAUUUAAGGAGAAAUAAAUCCAUUGUGGUCGACCUGUUUCACGGACAGCUAAAAUCACAAGUCAAAUGUAAAACCUGUGGUCACAUAAGUGUUCGAUUUGAUCCAUUUAAUUUCCUGUCUUUGCCUCUGCCAAUGGAUAGCUAUAUGCACUUAGAAAUCACAGUUAUCAAAUUAGAUGGUUCCACACCAGUUCGAUAUGGUUUACGAUUAAAUAUGGAUGAAAAAUACACAGGUUUGAAAAAACAAUUAAGUGAAUUGUGUGGACUGAAGUCAGAACAGAUCUUGCUGGGAGAGGUUCAUGGUUCGAAUAUAAAAAAUUUUCCUCAAGAUAACCAGAAAGUGCGACUGUCAGCAAGUGGUUUUUUGUGUGCUUUUGAGAUCCCUGUUCCAGGAUCACCAACCUCUGCCACAUCUCCAAUACAAACAGAUUCCUCCAAGGUGCCAUUAACUAAUGGAAAGCAUAACCAGUCUUCAAGUGCAAAUCCAAUGAAACCUAAUAUUAUUCCCAAUGGAAUUCCUAGUACAGUUGUGCCAACUGAGAUUGAGAAGAAUCUCUCUAAUGGACUGCCUAAUGGACAUUUGCCAGCAGUUACUGAUAGCCCUUUCAUAGGAUAUAUUAUUGCAGUUCACAGAAAAAUGAUGCGGACAGAAUUGUAUUUUCUGUCCUCACAGAAAAAUCGCCCCAGCUUAUUUGGCAUGCCACUUAUUGUACCCUGUACUGUACAUACUCGAAAGAAGGACCUCUAUGAUUCUGUAUGGAUACAGGUUUCACGACUUGCCAGCCCUCUGCCACCUCAGGAAGCAAGUAACCACGCUCAAGAUUGUGAUGACAGUAUGGGCUAUCAGUAUCCAUUCACUCUUCGAGUUGUUCAUAAAGAUGGAAACACAUGUUCAUGGUGUUCAUGGUACAGAUUUUGCAGAGGAUGCAAGAUUGACUGUUCUGAUGAACGAGCUGCUGUUGGAAAUGCUUAUAUAGCCAUUGACUGGGAUCCAACUGCUCUACAUCUUCGUUAUCAAACAUCACAGGAAAGGAUCUGUGAAGAGCAUGAAAGUGUCGAGGAGAGUCGGCGAGCUCAAGCAGAGCCCAUUAAUUUAGACAGCUGUCUUCGAGCAUUCACUAGUGAAGAAGAGUUAGGGGAGGACGAGCUCUAUUAUUGUUCAAAAUGUAAAACCCAUCGCCUGGCAACAAAGAAGCUUGAUCUCUGGAGACUUCCACCAAUUCUGAUAAUUCACCUGAAAAGAUUUCAAUUUGUGAAUGGCCGUUGGAUUAAAUCGCAGAAGAUUGUUAAAUUUCCUCGUGAAGGUUUCGACCCCAGUGCAUUUUUGGUGCCACGGUAUUUAACGCAAACUGAACAGCAGAUUACACAAAUGGAACCGAAGAAAUCCGAUUUGGGAAACUCUCAGGGAAUGGGGACUGGUGGCUCUGAACCACAAGCUGGUGUAAACAUGAGUAUUUUGAAUUUAAAAGCAUCUCCACCUUCAGGAAGAAAAAAUCAUAACUCAUCAAGCAAAAGCAAUAGCCCUACCAACAGCCCUAAACAAGGAAAAAACAGAGGUCGACUCCGCUUACCGCAGCUUGGCAAGAAUAAGCUGUCAAACAGUAAAGAAAAUCUGGACAGCAGCAAGGAGAAUAACUGUGAUAUAGAUCAAAUAUUGGAGAUGAAGAAUGUCAGAAAUGCUCAUUUCGACCAAAUGGUAGAUGUCACUGAUACGGCAAACAGCUGUGGAGGAGACAAUGAGGGAAUAAUACACGAGGCUGUAACAGCUCAGGACAAUGAAUUGAUUUUGGUCAAUGGAGUGUGUCACAAUAAGCCACAGAAUGGAUUUAGAAAUUGCAAUAGUAACGGAGAAUGUGAAAGUCACAAGAAUGAAGACGUAACUGCAGAUGACCAAAGAGUUCCACUCCAUUUGAAGCCUCUAUAUAAUUUAUAUGCAAUUUCUUGCCAUUCAGGAAUUUUGGGAGGAGGCCACUAUGUCACAUAUGCCAAAAACCCCAAUGAAAAGUGGUACUGCUACAACGAUAGUAGCUGUAAGGAGGUGCGUCCUGAUGAAAUUGACACUGAUUCAGCCUACAUACUUUUCUAUGAACAACAAGGUGUGAACUAUGCACAGUUCCUGCCAAAGACAGAAGGCAAGAAGAUGGCAGACACUAGCAGUAUGGAUGAAGAUUUUGAAUCUGAUUAUAGAAAGUACUGUAUUCUGCAGUGAAUGUGUUUUUCCAUUUGCAAAAUGCCAUGAGAUUUCAGAAUGACUGGGCAACAAAACACUCCAGAUGAGAAUUUCAGGGUUGGACAGGAUUUCUGCUGAAAAUGUACUGCUUCUGCAAAUAAAUUCUGAGAUUAUGAAGCAUAAGGAAAAAAUGUAGAAGUUGAAUACAGAUGGUAAUACUGAUUUUCCAGUUGUUAAUUGCAACGUGUCAGUAGCCAAUAUGAUCUGCUACCUCCUUUUCUUAAACUAUGAGUUUCAUGCAUUGUGUUGACGAGACCAGAAUGGUAGCAUGCCAGAAAUUUACACUUCCUAAAACAUGGGCUACAGCAUUUUAACUCUACUCAGUUAAAGAUAACUCUGUUAGACUAUAUUUUCCCCUAGUGAAUUUGGAGUGAUGGUUCAUGAAACAUAAUUUGCAUUUGUUACCUUUUUAACAAUGACUUUAGCUUGUAUUUUUAAUGUUAUAUAGUUGUAGAAAAAUCAAUAUUUUAAAACCUGUGUAAAUGUUUCAGAAUUAGUCUUUUUGUUCAAUGUAAAAUUCUGAAAAGUUACAAAAUAUGUGCCAUGAUUAUUUAAAUCUCUUCACUCAAGUGAGAGUGAACUGAACUGAAUGCAUUCAAGAAUUUAAAAAGGUAAUACAAAGUUGAGUUGUGUUUCUUGAAUCUUCCUCACGUCUGUUUGGUUGAUUUACACGUUCCUUAAACAUAGAAAUAAUUAGGUUAAGCUACACUUUUUAUUUUAAUAAUUCACAUUUAGAUGAAUUUGGAGCAAAAUAUCUUCAGGUAUUUUCUGGCUUGGCUAAAACUAAAGAAACCUGAUUUAGAAGGUUUUGACAGUGUUGUAUUUAAACUUCACCUGCAUUUUCAGCACUGCUGUUUGCUAUAUGAUUUGUUUAAUUGACAUUAUAUUAGAAGAACAUUGGGCACAGGAUUUUUUUCACUUUUAAUAUUUGUUUGGAUUUUUAAAUUCAUAGCAUUUUACUUGAGCUACAAAAUGUCCAUAAACCUAGAAGCAGUUUAAAGCAGAACUGUUUUCUUUGGCAUCAUAAAAAUAACUUAGUUAGCAGAAACAGAUGAUUUGUGAUCUAUUUUACUAUAUUCAAAACUGGAACAAACAUUUGAUAUCCAGAGCUAGGUACUAUUAUUGAACAGUGUUUUACCUUCAAAGGUUAUUGCAAUUCCCACCCAAUGUGAUUUUUAUUGAUAUCCUGCAAAAUCCUACGGCUACUUCAGAUGGUCUUAAAUAUAUAGGUGUGUGUGCGUGUGUGUAUGUGUUCGUUCAUAUAAAGACUACUAAUUAAGCUCUAUUAAACAGGAACAUUGGCAAAUACAAUGUAAUAUAAUUUGGAACCGAUGGUUCCUUUGCGCAGUUACAGUCUGUGUAACAAGUUUUGACAUACUAAUUCUAAAAGUGAUGGCUAAAUGCUGUACCUCAUUGCUUGGUAUUCUAAAACAAUCUAGCCAUACUUUCUCUACACAAUAUCACUGAAGCAGUGAUCAUGCACUUAACUAUGUCAUGCAUUUUUAAAUAUCUUGACAAACACAGGUGCGCAUUAUGAUUAGAACAAAAGCAACAAUUUUACAUUGUCUCUAUAACUGUUCCUCUUUUUAUGUUCUCCAAGAGUUUAAAACAAAAAAGCCUGAGUGAUUGUGUGAGAAAUUAAUAUUUUAAACCAUCCUUUCAGCCACAGCCCUGAAAUAAGGGCCGGUAGUGCAAUCUACUGCUGUAUUGUGUGUUCUUACAAGUCUGUUAUAGAUAUAAUGGUUGAAAAAUAUUUUUUUUAAUUAAAUUAAAUCAUUAAUAACUGCAGAAUUUAUUAAUUUAUCUGAGUAACUACAUUACAUCUUAUUUUGUAAAUUGUAAAAAAAAUGACAUUGCACUGAAUUGGAAGAUUUUUAUGUACAUAAGUGCUUUGUAAAUAAACAAAUAGCAGUGAUGUAUUGUAAUACGAUCUGUAAAAACUGUACUGGUAAUUGUAUAUGGAGUGAACU